AUAAACAGGAGCUCAAGGGUUACAGCUGCAGGGCAUAGGCGGUUUCAAAUGCUGAUCCUCAGGGAUCUGUCAAACCAUUGACACCUUGGGAACAAGAUAAUAUUACUGAGCAGAUAAACGAAACUUCAGAAGCCGCAACAAUGAAUGACAAUGCAAAUCAGCUUGAAAGACUCGGGUGUCCAUGCGGAAUCUGUUGAGUAUGCUAAAGCACCAUCUACUCCAGGACUGGUACAAGAGCCAAAUUUGCCCUGUGUGCAGGAGGCUUUGGCCUGUGAUGAUCAUUUGGAAUCAGAAGAUCGCAAUUCUAAUGAGUUAGUGGCUGCGGUGAGCACAAUGAAUCCUUUAAGUAAGCUGGAUUGGUCUUUACAAAAUAAUUCAAAUUGUGAUAUUGUUCAGUGCACGCUUCCUCAGGAGAAUGGCCACCAUGUCAGAGAUCUGGAGGUCAAACAAGCAAAGCCACUUGGUAAACUCUGUCAAUUCGAUGCCUAUGAUAUCAAAGUGUUCAGAGGGCACCAGAUGGUUCAGACAGAAUAAAAAAUUUAAAAAACAUGCAAAAUGUUUUUCUUGUACGAGAAAAUUGAGAUUCUAAGAUUUAGAGGAAAUUGAUCAUAGUUUCUAAAUGACUUGCUUCUAUAUCAAAUUAUAAAGCUUUUCUCUUUAUUGAAA